CCCUUCCUACUAUAAGUAGGAGAUAUCAUCAAGCACAAGCAGAAUAUCGCACUGAUCUGAUACGAUAUCACACACCGCCUACUCAACUCGUUCAUGCAAGCUCCCAAUAAUUUACCCGCAUGAUACUACCAGUAUAUACUACUACUACUCUUACCUAAUUAACCUGCAGCCGUUGCUCCUUGCGCAUUUGCUGAUCGAGGAGAAUCCAUCGCCAUGGCUGCUGCGACGUUGCUCCUGGUGCUAACGGUCGUCGCCCUCGUCUCCGGUCAUGGCGAGGCCUUCGACCCUAACCCUCUCCAGGACUUCUGCGUCGCCGACACCACGUCCAAAGUGCGCGUGAACGGGGUGCCGUGCAAGGACCCGGCGGCGGCGGUGGCGGACGACUUCUUCUUCGCCGGCGUGGACAAGCCGGGCGGCAGCGCGGCGAGCAAGCGGUACGGGUUCUCGGCGCUGACGGUGCAGAUCCCGGGCCUGAACACGCUGGGCGAGUCUCACGCCCGCGUCGACGUGGCGCCGGGGGGCGUCUUCCCGCCGCACUACCACCCGAGGGCGUCCGAGACGGCGCUGGUGCUGGAGGGCUCCGUCUACUUCGGCUUCGUCUCCUCCUACCCGGACAACCGGCUCUUCGCCAAGGUGCUCCGCAAGGGCGACGUCUUCGCCGUGCCGCAGGGGCUCGUGCACUUCCUCUACAAUAAUGGGAGCGUGCCCGCCGCGAUCUACGCCUCCCUCAGCAGCCAGAACGCCGGGCUGGUGCUCCUCGGCGACGCGCUCUUCGCCGGGGCCAUCCCCGACGACCUCCUCGCCAAGUCACUCCUCACGGACCGGCACACCGUCGGGAGCAUCCGGGCCAACUUCCGGCGGCCUUGAUGCAUGCAUGGCCACGCUGUUCCUGUCUCCCUGUAUUGUCUGCGGGCACAAGAAUUUGCAACCGUUUCUUUGCAAUAAAUAAACAUCUGCGCUGGAUUUCGAAAUAAGAUAUCGGUAAUCGUAACGGGCGAACGUUCGCUCUGUA